UUUUCACGUCAAAACCCACCGAAAUUAUUAAACAAAUCCAACCCAAAACCAAACCCGGAUCGCAGUCGGUGCUCUGCUGCUGCUGCUGUUUCUUGUUUAGUUCCGCUUCUACUACAGAGAUCUAUCUAUAUACACACACAGGCACACAUACAAACACAAUUUGAUGAGUGUGUGUGUAUAGGCAUAUUUGCAGAGAGAGGAAGCAGAGACUGAACUCAGAUUCACAUAGUCAAACAGUUCCUAUUUCUUCCUUUUUUUUUUUUUUUGGGAUUUUUGUUUUAGCUGAUGGGCUCGGAAAGCACGUUUUCAGCUCAGAAGCGAGGCUCCAGCGGGCUUCCGACGACUGGAGCCACCGCGAACGGCGGAGCACGAGCCCGGGCCGCCUCUCUUCUGCCUCGGGGGCGGCAGAUCCAUAAAACCUUCAACAAUAUCAAGAUCACGAUUCUCUGUGGCUUCGUCACCAUUCUUGUACUCCGAGGCACUAUUGGGCUUGGCAAUCUGGUUUCUUCUGAAGCAGAAGCUGAAAAUCAGCAUCUUGUUGAAGAAACGAAUCGGAUCCUUGCCGAGAUCCGGUCUGACAAAGACCCCAACGACCCGGAUGACCAGCCCGAGGAGUUUUUCAAUCCCAAUAUGACUUUCUCGUUAGGUCCUAAAAUCACUACCUGGGAUGAAGACAGAAAGGUAUGGCUUCAGAAGAACCCGCAGUUUCCACAGUAUGUUAAUGGAAGACCUAGGAUUUUGCUUGUUACGGGUUCUCCACCGAACCCCUGUGACAAUGCUAUUGGGGAUCAUUACUUGUUGAAGGCUGUGAAGAAUAAAAUUGACUAUUGUAGGAUUCAUGGGAUUGAGAUUGUGUAUAAUAUGGCUCAUUUGGAUAAGGAGAUGGCGGGUUAUUGGGCCAAACUGCCCUUGAUUCGUCGGUUGAUGUUGUCGCAUCCAGAAGUGGAAUGGAUUUGGUGGAUGGACAGUGAUGCUUUGUUUACUGAUAUGGUCUUUGAGCUACCUGUUUCCAAGUAUAAGGAUUAUAAUAUGGUUAUUCAUGGUUAUCCUGAUUUGUUGUUUGAUCAGAAGUCAUGGAUUGCAUUGAACACAGGUAGUUUCUUGUUCCGAAAUUGCCAGUGGUCAUUGGAUUUGUUGGAUGUUUGGGCACCAAUGGGGCCCAAGGGUCCAGUUCGUGAGGAGGCUGGGAAGAUCUUGACGGCUAAUUUGAAGGGUCGGCCGGCAUUCGAGGCGGACGAUCAGUCUGCCUUGAUAUACUUGCUGAUUUCGCAGAAGGAUCAGUGGAUGGACAAGGUUUUUGUUGAGAACUCAUUUUAUUUGCACGGGUUUUGGGAAGGUUUGGUGGAUCGUUAUGAGGAGAUGAUUGAGAAGUACCAUCCAGGGUUGGGUGAUGAGAGGUGGCCGUUUGUGACUCAUUUUGUGGGUUGCAAACCUUGUGGGAGUUAUGGGGAUUACCCGGUUGAGAGGUGCUUGAAGAGUAUGGAGAGGGCUUUCAACUUUGCUGACAAUCAAGUACUGAACUUGUAUGGGUUCAGGCAUCGGGGAUUGGUGAGCCCAAAUAUUAAGAGGAUACGGAAUGAGACUGCUACUCCUUUGGUGAAUGUAGAUCAGUUCGAUAUUCGACAUUCGGUGCAUCAGUGGAGCUAGCUAGUAUACCAUACCUGUGAGCAACAAAUACUAUGUAGUGUGUGUGAUUCUUUUGGAAAGGGGCAAGCUGAAGAAACUGUCGUACUUGUUUUACUGAUUUUGUCAAGCCUGGACAACGGAAAAAGAAGUUGUAAUUUUUACUUGUGGUUGUUUGAUGUAGCAGUAUUUUAGCUUUUCAUUCAUUCAGGAUCCCUACGAGCUCAAAGUAAGACAGCCAUUACUCUGAAGCCUCAAAAAGUCCUGCUGGAAGAAAUGAUCAAAGAUUGCCUAGAGCUCUGCAGCAACUCAGCUACUGUUUUGACAUACUUGGGCCUGCAAAACGUAAGCACACACAUGUAUAGUUGUGAUUUCCAAAAUGUUCAGUAGACGAUAAAUAUUCAAGAACAAUUUGGAGCUCCAGCACAUGCAUCAUUUGCUAGUUUAGACAUUCAUGGACGACAACAUUUGUUUUUCUUUUCUUGCUACUGUUAAAUGAAUUCCUGUUGUAUUUCAGCUCCAGUGAAUGAAAUUUGCUGUUAUCUUUCA